UGCCUGUCGUGUCAGUAUCUCUCGGGCACUUGUCAUGCGUGUGUUCGUGUGCCUGUGGUGAGCCGGUGUUGCACCUGUAAUUCGGCUACAGCGGAGACGCUCGGCACUUCGUAGUCAAGGUGUAGGAAGGGGGUGGUGCGAUGGAGCUGGCCCUGUGUGCGGCUGCCAUCUUUUUGGUGUCAUUGGUGGUGGUGUACUUUGUGUCAGUGUUUGGCACCCGCCAGAAGACGUACGAGGAGGCUCUGGCCGAGGCACGCCGGCGAUCCCUCGAAGAGGACGUUGCCCUCCAGCAGGCUCGGCAGCACCAGAAGAGGGACAGUGCCAACAAGAAGGUCAAGGGCCGCUGGGGCCGUACCAAAGUGAAAGAGUGCUCGACAGAACCCGACAUCAGCGUCUCCGCUGCGGCGAACGAGGUGGCUGUGGCCCGCUCUCCUUCGCCCCAGCACACACCUGAACACGUGGAGUUCAAGGAGGAGGCUGAGGUGGUGCUGAUACCCAAGGAGGAAGAUGAGCUUCCCUUUGAGGCUGUGCCACGCCCAUCACCCAUCGUUCCCCCGGUGCGCAACAGGCGGCCUCAGAAGCCGAUCCUGGUGCACAAGCUGCCACCCGAACCGCAGGAGCCGGCCAUGCAGCCGGUGGCACCUUCACUGCCUGAACCGUCGCCCAAGCCUGUGCGUCGCAACUCCUUCAAGGAUAUCGUUCCCAAGGAUGAAAUUGAGCUGAAGCACCUGCAGGAGCAGCAGCAGCAAAAGGUGGAGAUGACAGCAGAAGCACCACCGUCGCCACCCAACUCGACAGCUGCGGCUGCCAAAGGCUCCCCACUGCGCGAGAAGCCUCCGCGCAGCCGCAGGUCCAAGGGCCAGGACUUCUCUACCCCUGCAAGUGGGGAUGCGGUUGGUGUAGUGUCUCGGGAGGUGUGUGCCCGGGAGCUGCUCUGCUUGGUGCGAGGGAGCAGCCGCUUCACAGCCGAGCAGGAGGAGCUGGAGCAGUUGGUUGAAGAGCUGCUCAACCGGGCAGGGCAGCCCGGAGGUGAGUGGCGCAAGCGUGGCCCAGACCCUGAGGCACACCUGCGCCGCCUGCUAGCCGAGCGAGAGAGAGACCUCGAAGCCGAGCGCCAGCAUGCCCUCUCGCAUGCCACCAAGGUGAAGGAGCUGAGGCAGGAGCUGAACCAGCAGCUGACCAGGGUGCAGCAGCACGAGAGGAGCUUGAAGGCCCAGCAGAAGGUGACUGAAGAACAGGCAGUGCAACUGCAGAGGCUGCGCGAUGAGACAAGGCAGCUGCAGCAGAGGGUGCACCAGCUGGAGAAUGAACUGCAGCAGACGUCGGCGUCAGUGUGCGAGCGUGUGCGGUCGAGGGAGAAAGAGCUGGAGCAGGCUCACCAGGAGACUCUGGAACAGGAGCGCCAGGAGGCCGAGGCACAGCUGGCGCAGGCGCAGCAGCAGGUGCAGCAGGUCGAGGCCACCUGCGCUCAGCUCCAGCAAUUGCUCGAUCAGGAGGCACAGAACCUGGCUGCCCAGCGGAACGCCUCCGAGGGAAAGGUGAAAGAGCUGAGCAAGGUUCAUCAGCUGGAGCUGGAGGCGGAGCGGACUGAUCAUCAACGGCGCCUGGAUGCACUGGAGCAGCGCUGCCAAGAGCAGGCCCACCUGGCUGAGGAGCUGCGGGCACGCCUGGCAGAAGCCGUGCAGACACACAGCCGAGAGGUGAGCGAGCUGUCGCGCAAGAAGGCAGAAGCAGAGGUAGCGGCUGAGGGUGCUGAGCAGCGGCUGGCCCAGGCACAUGAGGCUGCUGUGCAGCAGCUGCGACGUGAACUAGAUGACCAGCGGGCCAAGAACAAUGACCUUCGAACCAAGAACUGGGAAGCUGUUGAGGCCAUGCGAGCAGCCGAGCGCAAGGCAGAGGCAAAAGAAGCAAGCUUGACCAAAAAGUUAGAGGAGCUCAAGGCCAGCCACACCAAGGAGAUUGAGAGUCUGCAGCAGCGGUUGAUAGACGAGCAGCGGAAGAAGGAACGGGAGCUUCUAGAACGCCUCCUGCCAGCCAUCAAGGUGGAUGCUGGAUUAAGCCAUGCCGAGUGGCUGGUGGCUUUUGAGAGGGAGCUGCAUCAGUGGCAGAAGUGGCAACAGCAGCAGCAGCAGCAGCUACAACGGGGCACUGGUGACCACCAGGCACUAUCAGCCUCAACGCAGUCCCAAACCAGCGGAGUCAUGGAAGAUGUGGAACGGCUGCAGCAGCUCAUUCUGGCCAAUGCCAAGCUUGACAAGGAGGUGACCCACUACAAGCAGGUGCUGUCCCAGACUGAGGACAUCCUACAGAACCUCCAGCGAUCGGUCGAGGAGGAAGAGAAGCGCUGGCAUGAGAAGGAGGAGGGACACAACAAGGAGCGGCUGCUCUGGCAACAGCAGCUGGCAAAGGCCCAGGCUGAGGCAUCGCAGCAGAAGAAUGCAGGUUCGACCGGGCGGGAAAAAGAGCUGGAGGAGCGCUGCGCAGCCUUUGAAGCGGACCUCCAGCAAUUGCACGGACUACAGGAGACAACAUCCGAGAUGCAAGUCAAGCUAAAGGAACUGCAGGCCAAAUUGCAGGAUGAGGAAGGGGAGAAGAAGCUUCUGGAGCAGAAGUAUGAUGAGGAGAGCCGGAAUGCCCAGGAUGUAAGGACACACCUGGAAAGCAGGGUGCGUGAGCUUGAAGGGACCAAGCUAAUGCGGGAGGACUAUGACCGCCUGAAGCAGGAGCUUGCCGAGGUGAAGGCUCAGCUCGCGGAGGCCCGCCGUGCAGCGGUGGAGGUGGACAAUGAAUCGGCAGCUACUCACAGCUCGUUGGCACAAAAACACUUGUCUACAAACUCGCCAUCCAAGGCAGUGCCUGAUGACGCUGUAUCUCCGGCCACCAAUGGUCCCUCAUCAAUACCUGCUGAAAAGGAGAAGGAUGACAAGCUGGUGUGCUCUGAGCUGGACACCCUUGCACGUCCAUUGGGCGAUGUGCCCUGCUCUAAAAACACUAACAGCCGAACUAAGAAGCGGGUGCGGUUACGGCUGAAAUUUUGGAAGAAGAGCAAAAAAUGAAGCGCCGUGGGAUGAUGCCAGCUGUCUGUGCGCCCCCAUGUCGGCUGAUGGCUCAUCAAACAAGAAGUAGAGGUCCUCCCGUGCGAUGCCAUGUCCCAGCAUACCUACACAGCACUUUAUUCCCGCUUUGUGUAAUGUGGUGACACUGGCCUGGGACCACUGAUGCAGCAUUCCCAAGCUACCUUCCUUUUUUUUACUCCCCAUACUGUUUUGUUACUUGUUGUUGCUGUUGUUCAAGUGCCAGAAGCCCACAAGUUUUGUGCCCUCAUACCCAGAGCUGUUCUUUUACCUCAUGCCUGUUCUUUUUUCUAGCUUUUGACUCAUUUACGUUGUUUAUAAUGUAAGCUCUGUGCAUAAAAGUUCUACUCAGUGUGCUUUUCUGAAGUGGAUCGAUUUUUUUUUUUUGUCUGUUGCUGCCACUGUUACUUGCAAGAUAUACGCAUAAUUGGACUACUCCUCUGUAGAUCUUGUUUAAAUGAAAUGAUUGGCUAACUUUCUUGUCAUACCUCAAGCAUGAACCUUAGGGCAAAAUGUAACUGAUGGUAGUGUUAAGCUGUCUUUGAAGUUUUCUCCAUAGCAGUUUGCCUUUGGAGUAUGCAGAAACUGCCUGUUGAAGUUUUUACUAAAAGGACACAGAAGAAUACCGUAGACAGCAUUGCCAUACUACUUUGGGCAUCAUGCUAUGCUGAAAAGCACGUGUUGGUACUUCUGCUCUGCAGAGAUCGAUCAUUUUGUGCCUUUAGAAGGGCAUCACUGUUUUGUUUGUUAAAAAGAGCCAUCAAGUAAUGAAUUUAAUGGGAAAUGUUUUUCUUGAGCUGUUCAAGAUAAUUCUCUUAAGUGCAUCAAGCAAUAGACAAGUUGAAAACUAAUUAUUUUAAUGAAUGAGCCUUUGUGAUAAAGGGAGUUGCAUUACUGUUCACAGCUGGCAACUGGAAGCAUAGCAAGUUUAUACUACUGCAGCUAGUAUUAAGGCUGAGUUGAAGUUUAAGUGUGUUAUAGCCAGAACUAUAUAUAAGCCAUACAGAAUUUCCAUAUGAGAAGUUGUGGCUGAUAAACUUUUUGUGUGAUCUAAAAUUCUGGAGCAGAAUAUUACUGUAGCCAUGUAAAGGCAGUUCAUUCUAUUUCCACAAAAUCCAGCAUUAUUCUUGCUACACUGAAUUUACUACUGAAGAAUUUUGUGCCCUGAAAACCUAAUGCUGAGGCUAUAUCCAGCAUUUAUGAUAAGCUGCUGGAUAUUUUCACUUGUGGGUAGUUGCAUUUGUGAUUUUUCACUAUUUUUUAUUUUAAUAAUGACCAUAACGUAUGUGAAGAAGUUAGUAGCUUAUUUCACUUGGGCUUCUUGGGUUAAAGCAAUACUUAUAGUUGACAAAAUUGACACCAUUGUUUGGAUUGGCAAAUUAAUGUUUGCUGCCAAUACUUUCUAGAUGAUAGGGAGAAGCAUGCAAGCAGAGCAUAGAUUAGGUAACUGGCAGCCUAAGUAGAAUGGAAAAUGCAAUUAAGUCAAGAAAUUUCGAGGCAUAGGAUGCAGUCCAAGAUUUUAUUUCUGUGUGUACAACACAUGAAGUGCCCGAUACAGUUGUGUAUAGUGAAGGAAGUAUCUCGCUAGAUGCUUUUUUUCAAGCUGCGUGAAAAUGAGAACUGAAGUGUUCAUGACCAGAGUACACCAAAUGUUCUCUCGCAAACAAACAUUGCAACGAGAUGCCUUGUCAUGUGGGCAGACAUGUGCACCGUACUCCAUUUGUGGAGUUGCUGCAGUGCAGUUAUGGUGAAUGUUUCUCUGAGCUCAGCCUUAUCUCGCCGAGUAAAUGUUGUGGCUGCAGCACAAAUGUCUUUUGCAUUUCUUAAAACUUGUGCCAGGAAAAUAUUUUCAAAUAAUUGAUAUGCACUGUGUCCUGAUUCUAAUCCUCCCAUUGCGACAGGCUGUCUGCAGUUGCAAAAGUUGAUAAGCCUACAUAAUUACACAAGGAGAAGGGGUCAGCAGCUAGAUGGGAAAUCCAGUGGAACACAUCGGCUUAAAAAAUUGCGUAGUAGUCUCAGAUAUGUGGGCAGAAUGCUUUCAUGGACACAUUGUUGUGCAUUGCACGUGGUGAGAAUUGAGAUUGGCAAAGCUUAUCUUUUUGCUGAACUGUCAACUGCAUACCAUAGUAGCUGCCUUUUGAGUGCAGCAGCCGAAAUGUGAAAGGACUGUUGUAGCUGCCUUUUGAGUGCAGCAGCCGAAAUGUGAAAGGACUGUUGUGCUCAUAUUUCAGUGCAGAUUGUUAUUACAAAGCCCUGUGCUCUCUGCUGCAUGACUUCAAGUUUUUUGUUUUUUUAAUUUAACCUAUAGUCUUUGCACAAUACCGUUUUUAUGUGCCAAACAGCCUUGCAGAAUUUAUUUGGACCUAUCUGCACCUGGUGCUUUUCUUGUCCCGUGAGCUCUACUAUCCAGUGGGCAGGUCAUUUCUCCAGUCUUUGUUUAAGGUGCAUUGUCAGGAAGUUCAGGUGCUUGCAUGUUAGCACCAAACAGUGCACUUCUAGGAAUUAGUGAAUCCAGUGUCUGCCAUUCAUGAAAGACAUUGAGAAGACUGGACAGCAAGAAUUGCUUUUUGGUCGUGCCACUUGGCCUUUGUGCAUGUGCUUUGUUGGCCUCUCUAAGGUUAGGUGUCACAAGACAAGGCUGUUAUGCAGUUCAUCAUGUCUAACCAUGCCUUUUUGGCACCAUUUAUAGGGGUAGGAGCAACAUUUUCAGUCAAUGGGCCUUUUCCUAGUCCGAACUAAACCUCAAGUGAAUAUCGCCGAAAUCAAAACUGGUGGCUCUUGGACUCCAAAACUGUCCGCCACAUGCCGGUAGGCAAUCUCGGAGGCCUGCGUUCGCGCCUUUCUUUGGGGCAAACAUGCAUGUUUAUGGCACCAGAUGUUGCUUGGCCCGCACAUAUCGUCACGAUUUGCUCACCAAAAAUCGUGGCGUGUUCCUGCUCAAGGCCGGCGUUCAUGUGCAGAUUACCUACCCAGAAAAGGCUCAUUGCUAAAUAGGUGUUAGAUGCCCCCAAAUACACUGUUGAAAAAAAGGGCAUAUACAAAAUCGUUGUACCAAAAGCGUACUUGUUUCCAAGUCUGCUUGUUGAAGCGUCGGGAAUUUUCCAUCUUUUCAAGCUUCCAUCUUCACCUGAGUUUCUGCUUUUUUUUUCUUUUUUUGUAGCAAAACGUGGUACAGCACAGUUUGCAGCACAUCCCGGGUUGUGGGGCCAGGCCUUAAGUUGUAUUUAAAAGUGCACAGUGGACCGUCGAAAGUAAAAUCGCUUGCCAUAGCCUAUUGCUACAAAGGUUGUUCACAGCGUUCUAAACUGAAGAGUUUCAUUAACAUCACUACAAAAUUAUUUGACUAGUUUGCACUGCACUAGUACUAAACUGCUGUUCAUAUGAGCUCUGGGUACUCACCUGCUCAUUGCUUAUACCUUAAAGCAUUUUGCAAGAACAAAAGUGGUAACGAGCAGAUUUCAAAUUUACUUGUCCUAUGUAGUUUUUUCCUUCCUCCGCUUGAAACAAUGCAGUUUGAUGGCUGUGGAUUGGAGAGUGCAUUAGCAGUGACAUGUGGUGUGCAUGCGUGUGCAUGUUUGUGUGCAUGGUGUGUAUGAAAGGCAAGUUUAGAUUGAUGCUGGCAGAGCUACUCGUUUAUGCUGUUGGAAAAAUGGAAAUAUAUGCUAAUAAAUACAGCACGAAACUACA